ACCUUCUCUCUUAGUGCAGCUCAAAUCCACCAGGUUACUUGCUGAAUUUUUGUCCUUUAAUUCUCCUUCUGGACGGGAGCCUCUGUGGAAAGCUGGCUUCAGUCAGCCAUCUUGUCUCCUCCACCCCAAUGUCAAAGUUUCUUAAAGCACAGUACACUCCAGAGAAGAAAGACAUCUAUCUUCUCAGGUGGAGAAGACUCUGGAAAACCUGCCAGCCAGCAGCUGCCACAGCCUCUAGCAGUGUCUGCAGCUGAAAACCUCACACCACAACAAGGACCUGAUCAUCAUGUCAGAUGACAACUUAUGGUAUGAAAGGAUCCCUUUCCCACGGGUCUACUACAGUCCUGAAAUACUCAGAAAAGCACGAGAAGAGUUUAUGAUAAAGGAUGAAGAUGUAAUAACAAUGACUUACCCCAAAUCAGGAACAAACUGGUUAAUGGAGAUUCUCUGCCUGAUUCAAUCCAAGGGGGAUACCAAGUGGAUCCAGACUGUGCCCAUCUGGGAACGCUCACCCUGGAUAGAUUCUGAGCCUGGGUUUGCAUCAGCAAAUAAGAAGGAGGGCCCACGCUUGCUCACCUCCCACCUCCCCAUCCAACUCUUCCCCAAGUCUUUCUUCAGUUCCAAGGCCAAGUUGAUUUAUGUCAUCAGAAAUCCCAAGGAUGUUAUUGUAUCUGGCUAUUUCUUCUGGAAUUCUGUGAAUUUAACCAAGAAACCAAAUUCAGUGAAACAAUUUCUUGAAUGGUUCCUGGAAGGAAAUGUGCCAUAUGGGUCAUGGUUUGACCACGUUCGUGGCUGGGUGUCCAUGAGAGAGAGAGAGAACUUCCUGAUGCUGAGUUAUGAAGAGCUGAAAUGGGACACAGAAAGAACUGUGGAGAAGAUCUGUCAGUUCCUAGGUAAGAAGGUAGAGCAAGAAGAACUCAGCCUAAUCGUCAAGAAUAGCUCCUUCCAGGCCAUGAGAGAAAACAAGAUGUCCAAUUACUCUCUGAUGGGUGAUGCUUUUUCAGUUCACAAAAACCCAUUUAUGAGAAAAGGAGUAACUGGGGACUGGAAAAACUACUUCACAGUGGCCCAAGCUGAAGCCUUUGAUAAACUAUUCCAGGAGAAGAUGGCAGGCCUUCCUCAGGAGUUGUUCCCCUGGGAAUAAUGUCUAAGAUAUUUCUGGAUCUUAUAUGGAUACUGCUACUUUUUCUCUUGUCCCUGUAUGUGUGCCUGACUGGGGAUCAUUGCAUAAAAAAUACCAUUCCAUCCUGGAGCCCUGAAUUAACAUAUCUUUGUAUCUUUGAAUACUCCCUUGUUAAAAAUCACCUUUAUACCCCUACAGAUGUCACGGCACCUCAGACUGUUUAAAAUGUAAAAUGUUUGUUGUGUUUCAAACAUAUAGAGUGCUGCAGAAAUAAUAUAAGAAUUAUCCAAGAGUGUGUUCAAAAUUUAAUAUUCUUUUUUAGGUAAAAUUUUGCUGUGUCACUGGGACUAGAGUGUAGUGAUGUCAUCAUAGCUUGCUACAACCCUAAACUCCUAAGUUCAAAGAAAUUCUCCUUUCUCAGCCUCCUGAGUAGCUGGCACUACAGGUGUGCACCUCUAUGCCCAGAUAAUUAUUUUUAUUUUUUGUGGAGGGCAGGUCUGCUUUGACUCAGGAGGGUCUCCAGUGUAAUACUCCUCAAGUAAUACUCCUUCCUCAGUCUACCAGAGUUCCAGGAUUACUGCUAUGAGCCAUGGAGCCUGCCAGAAAAAAAAAAAUUGUAUAAAAAUAAGAAAGAGUUAGAUUAAUAGAUUUGAGAGCAAGUAAGAAUAAUAACACACAUAAAAAAUAAAAAUGUAGAAUAAA